AUGAUAAUACUAUCCAAAUAUGAAGAAACGAGAAUUCAGAGGCCAUGGAGAAGAGGUGUGAUUGCUAAGCUCUUGGGGAGGAGGAUUGGUUUUAAGGCUUUGGAGAACAGAUUGAAUCAAAUGUGGGUCAGGAAAGGGAUCAUUCGAAUUAUUGAUCUUGGAUAUGAUUACUACUUAGUUUGCUUUACUCAUGAUGAUGAUAAAAACGCAGCGAUGAUGGAUGGACCUUGGUUCAUCUAUGAUCACUAUCUCACGGUUAAAGAAUGGACUCCAGACUUCCACCCUGAAAAUGAUUCAAUAGUGAAUGUUGCAGUAUGGAUAAGAAUCUCAGGACUUCCGGUGGAAUAUUAUGAUCCAAAGAUUUUGCAUGUCAUAGGAAAUUUGGUGGGGCGAACCAUUAAGGUGGACAAAAACACCUUGCAAGGAGAACGUAGCAAAUAUGCACGAAUUUGUGUGGAAGUUGACAUCUCGAAACCUCUUCUUGCCAUGUUUGAAUUGAAGAAUAAGAGUUAUAGAGUUGAGUUUAAGGGGUUGCAUUUGUUGUGCAUAACCUGUGGGAAGUUCGGGCACUAUAAAGAUGGAUGCCCUCUGAAGAGAAACCUUGUGAACAAUGCUGCGACAACAAAUGACCAAGGAGACAUGGUAGACGGUGAGCAGACUGGGAAAAUCAAUGCAGUUGCUGGAUCAAGAGCUGGAGAUGGUCCUUGGCAGGUGGUCCAGAAGCAAAGGCGUCCUAAAAAAUCACUGGAGGUUAGGAAAAAACUGACGCCGACGGGAUCAUGGUUGGCAAAAGUUGGGUCUAGGUUUCACGCGCUUGGUGGUGACGGUGGAGAACCAAGUUUUACAAAUAAGGAAAACAUUAAUGAGGAUACAAUGGAUAUGGAAAAUGGAGAUAUCAAUAAAGGGGGGGACAGGAGCAUUAAUGUGGAAAAUACUAUGGAGCAGCAAAUUAAAGACUCAAUGAUUGCUGAUAUUGUCAAUCACGAAGCAAUUAAUGCCCAGGUGAAUUGUGGGGAUAUUAAUGUGAUAAAGAAUAGUGGCCGACAGGAGGAGACAGCUGGCAAGGGAGGAGGAGUUAUAUUGGGAAUGCACGAAAAAAGAGGGAAUAAUGGUGGCAAAAAAGGGAGUAAGAAAGAGAAGAAAAAAUGUGAAAGAAUAGGGAAUAAACUUGCUACACGUGUAACACUUGGGUUUAAAGACAAAGCUAAAGGGCCCAGGAAACGCACUAUUGAAACCGUGUAUGGAAAAAAAAUACACUUGGAGCUACAAAAAGGGAAUCACGUGCACAUGAAAAAGAAUAAAGACAAUUUAAUAAUGCAUGAGGAGGAGAGGAAUAUUCUUCAGGUGAAUAUGCAUGAGGAACACUGUUUGAGUUAUUGUAAGGAUAGGAACAAUACGCAAGUCGAAACCAAUGGAGAACAUAAUAAGGAGGCCACCAAAUAUCAGUUAGGGCACACUGUUAGACCACCAGAUGACACGAUUGAAGCUGGGGGAAUAUACAGUAUGGAGAAUCCUAUCCUGGAAAGAAUUCCCAUAGUUCAGGCAGGAGAAAAUAGUCAAUCAGUGGGGCAAGAUAUGGAGGAGGAAGUAGUUCAGGAAACUCUUGAACUCCAUUAA